CCGAGCGCCCCCGCCCCGCCGGACGCCCGCCGCGGCCGCCGCCAUGCCCUUCUCCAGCAGCCACAACGCGGCGAAGCUGCGCUUCCCGGCCGAGGACGAGUUCCCCGACCUGCGCGGCCACAACAACCACAUGGCCAAGGUGCUGACCCCCGAGCUGUACGCGGAGCUGCGCGCCCGGAGCACGCCGAGCGGCUUCACGCUGGACGACGUCAUCCAGACCGGCGUGGACAACCCGGGCCACCCCUACAUCAUGACCGUGGGCUGCGUGGCGGGCGACGAGGAGUCGUACGACGUGUUCAAGGAGCUCUUCGACCCCAUCAUCGAGGACCGGCACGGCGGCUACAAGCCGGGCGACGAGCACAAGACCGACCUGAACCCCGACAACCUGCAGGUGCGGGCGGGGCGGGGCGCGGCGCGGGGCGGGCGGGGCGGGCGGGGGCUCCGGCGCUCACCCCUCGGCUCCCAGGGCGGCGACGACCUGGACCCCAGCUACGUGCUGAGCUCGCGGGUGCGCACGGGCCGCAGCAUCCGCGGCUUCUGCCUCCCCCCGCACUGCAGCCGCGGGGAGCGCCGCGCCGUCGAGAAGCUCGCGGUGGAAGCCCUGUCCAGCCUGGACGGCGACCUGGCGGGCAGGUACUACGCGCUCAAGAGCAUGACCGAGGCGGAGCAGCAGCAGCUCAUCGACGACCACUUCCUCUUCGACAAGCCCGUGUCGCCGCUGCUCCUGGCCUCGGGCAUGGCCCGCGACUGGCCCGACGCCCGCGGCAUCUGGCACAAUGACCUCAAGACCUUCCUGGUGUGGAUCAACGAGGAGGACCACCUGCGCGUCAUCUCCAUGCAGAAGGGGGGCAACAUGAAGGAGGUGUUCACCCGCUUCUGCAACGGCCUCACCCAGAUUGAAACGCUCUUCAAGUCCAAGAACUACGAGUUCAUGUGGAGCCCCCACCUGGGCUACAUCCUCACCUGCCCCUCCAACCUGGGCACCGGGCUGCGCGCGGGCGUGCACAUCAAGCUGCCGCACCUGGGCCAGCACGAGAAGUUCCCCGAGGUGCUCAAGCGGCUGCGGCUGCAGAAGCGCGGCACAGGGGGCGUGGACACGGCGGCCGUGGGCGGGGUCUUCGACGUCUCCAACGCCGACCGCCUGGGCUUCUCGGAGGUGGAGCUGGUGCAGCUGGUGGUGGACGGCGUGAAGCUGCUCAUCGAGAUGGAGCAGCGGCUGGAGCAGGGCCAGGCCAUCGACGACCUGGUGCCGGCCCAGAAGUGAGGCCGCCGCCCGCCGCCCGCCGCCCGCCGCCGCGCUCCUAACUUAUUGCCGCGGGAGCCCGCCGCGCCCCCGGAGCGCGCCCGCGCCCUCGCCCUCGCCGCGCCCGCCGCCCUGUAGAGUUUAUUUUUGUGAUGGCGCCGAUGUCGCCGAUGCGGAAAUAAAGCGGGGUUUCGGCCUGCC